AUGGCUACCAUUUUGAAAACAUCAGUUGGUGCAAUGGUUGUGGGCAAUCAAGGUUCACCAGGAGGCGGUGGGAGUGCCGGAUCGGGUACAAAUGGAUCUGCGGAUAGUAUAGGUGUCGGUGUUAGUGUGUUAUCGGGAGCUUCUGAAGAAGAUGACAAUGAGUGUCCUUCAUCCCCAGCUGGUGUUAACGAUGAUGGUAGUGAUUUAAUGGCUGCGGCCAUGGGUGAUGAAGUCACCGCACAAUUAGCAGCUGCAGGGCCAGUUGGAAUCGCAGCGGCAGCUGCCAUUGCGUCAGCCAAAAAACGAAAACGUCCAAAUAAAUUUGAAAUAAACCCGGCGAUACGAAAACGUCAUCAAAAUCGACUUCUGCGCAAAUUACGAGAAAUAAUUGAUGAGUUCACAACAAGAGUUGGACAACAAGCUGUAGUAUUAGUUGCAACACCAGGAAAACCAAACACAAGUUACAAAGUUUUUGGUGCAAAACCACUCGAGGAUGUUGUCAAAAAUUUACGGCCAAUGAUAAUGGAAGAACUAGAAAAUUUAUUAGCACAACAAGCUCCGCCCCCUGUCGCCGAAGAUCCGUUUUUGUUUGAGUUACCGCCGUUAAUUUUUGAUGGUUUUCCAACGCCCGUCGAGAAAAUGACACAAGCGCAAUUACGUGCGUUCAUACCUUUGAUGGUAAAAUAUUCGACAGGUCGGGGUAAACCAGGAUGGGGUCUAGAAUCCACACGGCCUCCUUGGUGGCCAAAGGAAUUACCUUGGGCCAGUGUUCGCAUAGAUGCAAGAACUGAAGAUGAAAAACAAAAGAUAUCCUAUUCAAAUGCGCUACGGCAAAUAGUAAUAAAUUGCUAUAAAUAUCAUGGACGCGAGGAUCUGUUACCGGCAUUUAGUGAGGAAGAUGAACGCGCGAAUUCGGCAGCAACAGCUAAUGCAAAUAUGGGUGGAAAUACUUAUUCAGUUGUUUUACAAACAAUUACAAAUCCAGACGGAUCAAUAAGUAUCCUACAGGUUGAUUCAAAUAAUCCUAUAAUUACUUUACCAGAUGGUACAACAGCCCAAGUUCAAGGUUUAGCAACGAUACCACAUGGAGAUGAAACCACUGUCCAUACGCUAAAUAAAGUAGGGGACGGAACUGAAAUUGUCGAUUUAAAUACAGUGACUGAGGCGACACUGAACCAAGAUGGUCAAUUAAUAUUGACCAGUGAAAAAAGUCAUGGUACACAUGGUUAUCCGAUUUUAGUGAACGGCGGUGUCAUAACAGAACCUGUAUCCGCAUCAAUAUACCAAACAAUGGUUGCCAACAUUCAACAGAUUCACACAAACAGUGAUGGAACUGUAUGUGUCACACCAAUGGUUCAAAUCCCAAUGGUCGGUAUGAUGAAUGAUGAUACAGUUGUCAAAGUUGAAAAUAUGGAAUCCGAUAUGAAUUAG